GAUCGGGGUGAAAAACCCAGCAUUAGCAGGAAUACAAAUUGACUCCAGCUCCGAAAGAGAAGAGUCGUCAAGAGGGACAAGGAAAACCACUCCCAGUUAGUUAACAUCGCUCAAUCACAUACUUAAGCUCGCUUUCUUUUCCGUAUUUUGAUUAUUGAAUUCGCAUUUUCAUUUUGCCUGCGACUGCCUGUUGAGAGCUUGGUGGUUUGAAAUUGAGAGGGUUUGAUCAUCUUCAAUCUUCAUCACAAAAAGAUGAGCAGUGACCAUACUGAGCGAGCCUCUUCUUCUCGUUUAUCACCGUUGGCUCGUCCUUUCAAUUUGAAUCCGAAUUCACUUCACCAUCAGUAUCAGCCCCAAUAUUUAAACGUUGACCUCUCUCACUUUGACGCUUAUGCAAACCAUUCUUCUUCUUCUUCUUUGCAAUACGGCUCUCAACUUCCUUUCAACAUUCUUCAGAUUCCCCGCUGGAAGGAUAAGGAUGGCGCCGUUCCCGUUCCUGGUGCUUUCUCUUCUAAACGAGGAAAAUCUCCUGCUGAAGAAUUGAAGGCCUUGGGUGAACUAUCUGAGAGUUUGCAUGGAAAAUGCAUUGGAAUAUCGGGGAAAGAAAAUGAAGAUAGAUCCAAAGAACAGCAGAUUGAAGUGGAGUGUGUUCCUUUUUCAACCAUAUCAGAAUUGUGGCCCAAUACAAUAACUGAAUAUCCUCAAAGUGAAAUGUGCCCAACAACUUAUCGAUCUUGUGAUUCAAAUAUCAUUUCUUGUGAGAGAAAUUUAUCACAACUAUUUGAUUCUUAUGCGGCGAAACUGAGGAUUUCCUAUUCAUCUGAUAGUGAUUUUCCAGUUCAAGUCUCUGCAGCAUCAGAUGCUCAUACAUAUUAUUUACCUUUUGAUCUUCUUUUACAUCAGAAUCUAUACUCUGAGGUGCAUGGUGCAGUUAGCAAUAAUAACCAGUUUAAUUGUAAUCCAAGCAGUAUAAAGGAGUCCUAUACUUUGCUGGAUAACAAUGAUAAGGAAGUUUUCCAUGAACUCAUGAUGGCAAAGUACGAUGAUGGAAAGGAUGGAAAAUCUAUUGCUCAUGAAGUUAUCGAUUCCUUAACUGUGUCAAAGUCUGAGCUGCAUAUCACUCAUCCUAGCAGUCCUCAUUAUUUAACUCUGAAAUUGCAUGGUACUGAAGAAGAUGAUCCUGUUGAAUAUUCUAGUAAGAUGUUAGGUGAAAAUGAUUCUGAUUUAGAUUCACCUUGCUGGAAAGGAACCAUGACCGCUAAUCAAUCAACAUUGGAACACCCUGGACAUGUGAAUUUGCAACAUCUUAAAAGUGGACAAGAAGCAUUAAGUAGUUUCAGUCCACUGUCAUCUCAGUUUUCUUCUAGUGAUGAUGAACAAAAUAUAAAUUACUGUGAGAGUGAAUGUGAUGGAGAUAAUGCUUCCUUGUUCCUUAAGAGUGCAUCCUUGACAGUUAGUUUACCUUCUGAGGAACUGAUAUCUACAAAUUCUAUUACAGCAGGAUCAUCUUCUUCUGAACAGAGAAAUAGGAUUGGAAUUCAUAGCUCAAAUAAUAUCUGUCUUCCAGAUGAGGAACAUGCUCUACUCAAGAAGAAUGGGCCAAAUGUUGCAGGCUUUGCGAGGUGGAUUGAGGAUCCUAGACACGAUGAUUCAACUAGUAUUUCCUUUGCAAGCAAUGUAUUUAGUUCAUCUUCUUGUACAGUUGGUGUUCCUGCUGAUUUUACUGAAACACAUGGGAGUGCAACUAGAUCUUUUUCUAUGCCUCCGAGAUUAGAUAUUCAAAGAAUAGUUAUUACAAUGAAUGAACUGUCAGAAUUGCUUAUGCAAAAAUAUUCAAAUGAUUUAGAUUCUUUGAAUGAGCAUGAGCAUGAUAUAAUCCAGAGUAUUAUCAGUAAUCUUACUGUGUGCAUCAGAAAUUGGGUUGUAAGAAAGAACUCUGAUGCCUGAAUCUAGUCAUCCAGACACAUCAUACUGUCUUAGGAAGUCUGCUGAUCUCUGCAAGGUAUAAAAUUUUUAUUUUAUAUUUGCAAGUUGUGGGUCUGAUCAGGAAUGAGUUUGAAUGUCCCUUGAUCUAGAAGCAACAAGGUUAUCUUGUUCUACCAUUAAUGUUCCUGGAUCUAUUUCUGUUACUAAAUAUUUCAGUCAUAUCUCCACAUGGUUUAUGUUGUUGGUAAUACUUUACAAGUUUAUUGUUAGAUUCUCCUAAAACAACAUGACUGAUCUUAUGACUGCAAAUUCUCAUGCCUUAUGUGAUUGUUGUCCAUAAGAUUUGCUAAUUUGAGUUGCUCUUUUCUUCCAGCACAAUGAUGUAUCAUGUAGGGUAAUACAAAUAGCAAAUGUUGUAGUAUUAUAUACUGAUAACAUGGUUACUACAACUGCAAGUUAUUGUGCAAUGAAUUUGACGGCUGUAUUUGUCAUUGUUGCUGGAGUUGUACCAAACCAUAAACUUGAAUAAUGUUCAUAGCAUUGCUCAAUCAUGGAAUUUCAAGCAACAAGGAUGAAGCCGAAUACAGUUUCACACAAUCUUGUUGAUCAGAAUGAGCAUGAGAAGCAACAGAGUCAUUCUACUAAUUUUCGUGAGAGACUCUUUCAUUCUUUUUCUACGAGCAAGGAUGAAUGAAGCAAAAGGGGUGAAUGAAUCACAGAGGGAAUCUAUGGCUUGAGGCACGGCGUUUCAUUGAAGUGUGACAACUGUUAGGUGAAGGUUGUCAAGGCGUGUGGAGGGUGUCUAAGGUCAGGGUGAUUGAGGAUCAAGGGAAAGGAAGCAGCUUUUGGAGAUGAAGUGAGAUGUUGGGUUCAUCCAGCGAAAGCCUGUCCUAGAUGACUCGAGCAUAGAAUCAAAGGAAUUCUAUUUGCUUCUGCUAGACUGAUCAAUGAGAUUUUUGUGGCCCUGAUGUAGAUUGUUACAAUGUUAGUUUCAAAUCGAAAAUGUUGUAUCAAGUUUGAUAUUAAUUAAUGCUCAAAAGUACCUAAGCAACGAUAGCUCAGAUGUGGCUAUUGCGUAUUAAUCUCGCUAAUAAAUGGCUAUUGUGCCAAAUGUUUUCUUUUUCCCCCUGAAAUUAAUGCUAGAAAUAUUUUUCCAUUGAA